AUGGCGGACAUACCCAAGAAUGGAGAAUCCUCCACAUCCUCGACAUUGUCGUCGAUCAAAGAAGGUUCAAUACCGUUGUACCUCGUCAAUGGAGUAGCUACCGUAUGGGAUGCACAAGUCGCCGCUACUUUGCAUUGCAUACAUAACGUAUCUGGAAUUAGAGCAGGUACAUUACCUGGUGUAUCUCAACAAAAUGGUUUCUUGGGACUACCAGUAACGCUCAUGAGGGAAGAGACUGCUUACUUGGUGCAACAAGGUAUCGCUCAUUUGGUUCCCCUUCCUUCUUUUCCUACUAUCCCCUCAACAGAUGAAAUCGCUCAACAUACCCAAAAUAGAAUCAAGAAAAUACAACGUCUGGAAUCACUUGCUAGAGCGGCGGAAGAAGAGAAAAAAGCUUUAUCGGCAGAAGCUUUUGAGAAAGGUGGUGAAAAAGCUAGAUUGAAGAGAGAAGCUAGAGCAAAAGCUAAAGCUGAAAAGGCUGCUUCAACCCAAAAUGGUCAAGACGGUGUAUUCGAGGAAUCAAGCACUAUGACUACACCUACAAAGAAGGAGAGUAGUGUAAAUAACACAAUAUCGACUGAGGUAUCUUCGGAAGUUAAUUCAUCAAAAUCAGAAAUACCUUCGAAAGAAUCAAUGGAAACCACAACAUCUCCUUCUUCAACACCUGGAUAUUUCCUUUCAAUACCUUCACAUCCACCUAUACUCACCUUUACGCCUACUGGAGAAACAAUAACUUCAAUACCUCAUCCACUAUUUCCUUUCCCUUCUACUCCUCGGGAGAAUGCUCUGGUUGGUCUAUUCUCUACAUUACAAUCAAUGGGUUAUAGGAUGGGCCUAGGUCCUAGGUUCGGUGGAGAAUACCUCAUUUAUCCAGGAGACUAUCUUAGAUAUCACGCUCAUUUCACAUCCCAGGUUCUGGUUAGAGAUCAACCUAUCAGACCGGCAGAAAUCGUUGCUUGGGGAAGAUUGGGUACAGGUACUAAAAAAGCUGGUUUAUUAUGUUGCUGGGAUGAUCAAAAGAGAUCUAGCUCUAAUGAUCAAGUAUCGGAAGAUGAAGGAGGUACUGAGUUUUAUAGUUUAGAAUGGGCAAACUUUGGAUAG